AUUUUUACAAUAAUUAAUGGACAACUAUGAAGCUUCUUCUGGAUCUGCUGUGUUUGUGUCUUCUGGGUUUGACCGGGAUAACACUUUGUGAUGAAAACGUUGCUCCAGAGCCAGACAUCAACAUUAUUGAUGCCACAGAUGAUGGAGUGUUGCUGCAGUGUGAGGUCCGAGGUGCUGCUCCGAAACCUAGAGUAGAGUGGCAGGACAGAGAUGGAAACAAACUUCCUGCUAAAGAACCGCAGGUCUCUGAAAGAGGAGACAGAUACCACAUCACCCUCCAGACUACUGUGACCAAGACCAGCUGCUGUCGCUGUGUGGUCACACAGGAGGAAACCAACCGGAGGACUCAUGCUGAGAUUUAUGUGGCUAUUAUUGUCGAAAUGAGCAUCUGGACCAAAAUACUUGGAGCUGUUGGAAUUCUUGCUGUUGUACUUGGAGUUGCAGCAGCAGCUUUUCUUUUUCAUAGAAAUAACAACAAGAACAAGUAUUACAAGUUCGAAUCCUAAGACAAAGAAGCAUCAGCUGCUAAAUAAUCCGACACACAACCGCCCACGAGGAAACCUGAAACAAAGAAGAAAUCAGACAAAAGUUUUAGGUCAUACAAAAAUUAAUACGUAUUGCAGAAUUGAUGCAUUGAAGGCAUAAUAAUAUGUUUUAUUUAUGGACACCUUUCUUGUCAGUCAGGUCACUUAACGCAGUUAAACUAAUUAAAAACAAGAACACAGACAGCUA